GCAGUUGCAGAUUGUCGCAAAAAUUUAUUGUCUGCAAGAUUUACAUCAUCAGUGAAAAUCAGCAGAAAUCAACAGAAAUCAAAGGAUUUACUUCAAUGGAAAUCUGCGGGCUGUAGUAUACAAAAUGUAUACAGUAUUCGUACACAUCCUGUUGAUGGCAAUACCCGUAGUGGCAGACCGAAAUCAGUUCAUGGUGGGCAGCAUUUUUACAUCGGACAAAGAUGAAUCGGAAAUCGCAUUCCGCACUGCAGUGGACCGAGCAAACAUAUUGGAGCGCAGCAUAGAGCUGGUGCCCAUUGUGAUGUACGCCAAUACGGAUGACAGUUUCAUAAUGGAAAAAAUGGUUUGCAAUUUGAUUUCACAAGGAGUAAUUGCCAUUUUUGGACCUAGUACUGGCAGCAGCUCGGAUAUAAUUGCUUCAAUAUGCGAUACCUUGGAUAUACCUCAUAUUGUAUACGAUUGGAUACCCAAUGAGUCUAUACCGGAUAGAGAACACUCCACCAUGACGCUGAAUGUUCAUCCGGAUAACCUCUUAUUGUCUCAAGGAUUUGCUGAAUUAGUGCAGAGCUUUGGUUGGCGGAGUUUCACAGUUGUCUACGAGACCGAUAGGGAGCUUCAACAGCUGCAGGAUAUCUUGCAAAUCGGUGAGCCUAGCAGCAAUCCCACAACGGUUAAGCAACUAGGACCGGAUGACGAUCACCGACCUUUCUUAAAGGAAAUUAAACUCUCCACGGACAACUGCUUGAUCCUGCAUUGCUCUCCGGAUAAUCUAUUGCCCAUAUUGCAGCAAGCCAAUGAGCUAAAAAUGUUGGGGGAAUAUCAGAGCGUCUUUAUCCCCCUACUCGAUACCCAUACCAUUGAGUUUGGAGAUCUGUCUGGUGUUGAGGCCAACAUUACCACAGUUCGUCUUAUGGAUCCCACGGACUUUCAUAUCAAAAAUGUGGUCCAUGACUGGGAGGAGCGUGAAAAACGCGAGGGACGUUACUAUAAAGUGGAGCCCGAGCGGGUGAAAACGCAGAUGAUUCUAAUCAACGAUGCUGUAUGGCUCUUUUCAAAGGGUCUCACUGAGCUGGGAAUUUUCGAGGAACUUGCUGCGCCGGAACUGGAGUGCAGGCGGAAAAAGCCCUGGCCCUUUGGCAAGCGCAUCAUAGAGUUUAUGAAGGCGCGCUCGGAGGAGACUGCCACGGGCAGGAUAGACUUUAACGAGAAUGGCCAAAGGAGCUUUUUCACCUUACGCUUCAUGGAACUGAAUGCUGGUGGCUUCCUGGACCUGGCCACCUGGGAUCCGGUAAACGGUCUAGAUAUACUCAAUGAUGACGAGGAGAGCGAGAAGAGAGUGGGCCAAAAGCUGUCAAAUAAAACCUUUAUUGUGUCCUCUCGACUGGGAGCACCAUUCCUCACAUUGCGGGAGGCCGAGGAGGGAGAAAUCCUUUCGGGCAACUCCCGUUAUGAGGGCUACUCCAUUGACCUCAUCGAUGCCAUUGCCAAAAUGCUAAACUUUAAGUACGAAUUCCGUAUGUCACCCGAUGGCAAGUACGGGGCUCUAAACCCGGUGACCCAGACAUGGGAUGGCAUCGUGAAGCAACUGAUUGAUGGGAAUGCUGACCUAGGCAUCUGCGAUUUGACUAUGACAUCUUCACGCCGCCAGGCUGUGGACUUUACGCCGCCUUUCAUGACCCUGGGCAUUAGUAUUCUGUUCUCCAAGCCACCCACUCCACCCACGGAUCUGUUCUCCUUCCUGUCUCCCUUCUCGCUGGAUGUGUGGAUCUACAUGGGUUCGGCAUAUUUGUUUAUAUCCCUGCUGCUCUUUGCCCUGGCUCGAAUGGCGCCCGACGACUGGGAGAAUCCGCAUCCAUGCAAGGAGCCCGAGGAGGUGGAGAACAUAUGGUCCAUAAUGAACACCACAUGGCUAUCCAUUGGGUCAUUGAUGGGACAAGGCUGCGACAUCUUACCAAAGGCCGCCUCCACAAGAUUGGUCACUGGAAUGUGGUGGUUCUUUGCUCUGAUGAUGCUAAACUCCUACACGGCCAAUUUGGCCGCCUUUCUUACCAAUUCCCGCCAGGGAAACUCCAUCAAUAAUGCUGAGGAUCUGGCGGCUCAGAGCAAAAUUAAAUAUGGAGUUAUGACCGGUGGCUCCACCAUGGGCUUCUUCCGGGAUUCAAACUUCAGUACAUAUCAAAAGAUGUGGACGGCCAUGCAGAGUGCCAGUCCCUCGGUGUUCACCAAGACCAACGACGAGGGUGUAGAGCGGGUGCAAAAGGGAAAGAAUCUGUAUGCUUUUCUGAUGGAGUCCACCACGCUGGAGUAUAAUGUCGAGCGAAAAUGUGAUCUGGUGCAGAUCGGAGGAUUGCUGGAUUAUAAGAGUUAUGGCAUUGCCAUGCCUUUUAACUCUCCAUACCGCAAGCAGAUCAGCGGAGCUGUGCUCAAGCUGGGCGAACUGGGCCAGUUGGCGGAACUGAAGCGGAAAUGGUGGAAGGAGAUGCACGGCGGAGGCAGCUGCGAGAAGAGUGACGAGGAAGGCGGAGACACGCCUGAGCUUGGACUGGAGAAUGUGGGCGGAGUCUUCCUAGUGCUGGGUCUCGGUUUGCUCUCGGCCAUGGUGCUUGGUUGCUCCGAAUUUCUGUGGAAUGUCAAGUCUGUGGCUAUUGAUGAGAAGAUUUCACUCAAAGAAGCCUUUAAAUCAGAGGCUCUUUUUGCGGCCAGCAUAUGGAUUACCACUAAGCCUGUGCAUACCAGCUCCGGUUCGGGCGGCUCAUCUUCAGCCGGUUCCAGCUCCUCAUCAAAGUCCAAAAAAUCCAGAUCAAGUCACUCCAAGCAUUCCUCGAAAUCCCAGGGUCUGUCUAUGAAGAGUCUCAAGAGUUCAGCGGAUCACGAUGUAGAGGCCUCAGUGCACAAUAAAUUAAAGAAAAUCGGUUCCAUGUUCUCGCUGAAAUCACAAAAGACCACCACUCCGCCACCUCAGCCGCCGCCGAUAGGAUGGAAAGUGGACAAGUCCACACAGAUGGAAGAAGAGGACCGACCUUCGGAAGAAGAACCUGAAGAAAUCCCAGAGCCAGAGCCCGAGCCGGAGCAGCCGCACCACCGACAUCAUCACCAUCAUCAUCAUCGCCACCACCAUCAUCAUCGCCAUCAGCCGGAGGAGGAUUCAUCGCCCAACCAACGGAUUAGCAAAUUGAGUAAUGGCGUUUGAGAAGAAGAGUUUUCUUAUAUCACUUUAUCAGCUACAAUUUCUAACAUGUCAAGCCCUAUAAUACGUAAAGAAUUAAGCAUUUAAUAGAAAAUUUAAAUAUUUGAUUUCAAAAAUUGUUGCUCAGUGGUUGCCUUUUCAAAAAGAUCAAAAUAUACAUAAAU